UGAUGCAGCCUUAAGAAACCACCUGAACCACCCACUCCUGAAUCACAGACGUCAGUCUUACGCAGAAAAGCAUUUGCUUAUGAUAGCUGCUUCUUACUCAGCUGCCUUUACUAGCAGGUAUUUUGUCUGUGGGUCUGCAUCUCAGUUUUCUUUUUGCUUCAUUUCAUUUUUCCUCUACUUGAAGCUAUAUGCAAUCAGCACAGAGUGUUUGUGAAUUACAUAGGAAGAAAUUUUGUGUGUUUAAAAAAUUUCUCUCAUAAUGAAGUACAUAGAAGUGAAUGGAACUCCUGGUAGCCAGCUUUCUACUCCACGUUCCACCAAGACACCAAGCCCAUCGCCAACCAGCCCAGGCAGCCUACGCAAACAGAAGAGUUCUCAGCAUGGUGGAUCCUCAACAUCUCUGGCAUCAACCAAAGUUUGCAGCUCCAUGGAUGACAAUGAUGGGCCUGGUUGUGAAGAAGUUGUCGAGGAAAUGUUCCAAGUGCCAGCAUCCAUAGCUGAACGUUACAAAGUUGGAAGGACUAUCGGGGAUGGAAAUUUUGCGAUUGUGAAAGAAUGUAUAGAAAGGUCAACUAGUAGAGAAUAUGCUUUGAAAAUUAUUAAUAAAAGCAAGUGUAGAGGCAAAGAGCACAUGAUCCAAAAUGAGGUAUCCAUCUUACGGAGAGUUAAACAUCCAAACAUUGUUCUUUUAAUUGAAGAGAUGGAUACACCAAGUGAACUUUAUCUAGUCAUGGAACUUGUCAAGGGUGGAGACCUUUUUGAUGCAAUUACUUCCACCAACAAAUACACAGAGCGUGAUGCCAGUGGAAUGCUGUACAAUCUGGCCAGUGCUAUCAAAUACCUGCAUAGUCUUAACAUCGUACAUAGGGACAUCAAACCAGAGAAUCUAUUGGUAUAUGAACAUCAGGAUGGAAGUAAAUCUCUGAAACUAGGGGACUUUGGCCUUGCUACAGUGGUUGAUGGGCCUUUGUACACUGUCUGUGGAACCCCUACAUAUGUGGCUCCGGAAAUAAUUGCUGAAACUGGUUAUGGUCUGAAGGUGGACAUCUGGGCUGCUGGUGUGAUUACUUAUAUUCUGCUUUGUGGUUUCCCUCCAUUUCGUGGGCACAGCAAUGACCAGGAUGUCCUGUUUGACCAGAUACUGAUGGGGCAUCAGGAAUUUCCAUCACCAUAUUGGGACAAUAUUUCUGACUCUGCAAAAGAACUUAUCACCAUGAUGCUUCAGGUUGAUAUAGAGCAGCGAUAUUCUGCGCAGCAGUUGUUGGACCACCCCUGGGUGAAUGAUGAUGGGUUGCCAGAGAAUGAGUAUCAACUAUCAGUGGCCGGAAAGUUACAGAAACACUUCAACACAGGCCCCAAGCCGAGCAACACCACAGCUGGAGUGUCUGUGAUAGCAACCACCGCUCUUGAUAAGGAGAGGCAGGUUUUCCGAAGAAGAUGCAACCAGGAUGUGAGGAGAGGCUACGUGGUACAAACCAAUGCACCAGAACACAACUCUGAAUCUGAAGAUUACUCACCAAGCUCUUCUGAGACUGUUCGCUCACCAAAUUCUCCCUUUUAAUGAAACCUGUUCUCGUCACCAAGCUCUAAUUGCUUAGUGCAAUUUUAUAAAUCAUUUCUUAAGAAAUAAUGAAUGUUUAGUUAGUCAAGCUAGGACAAUGUUGCACUGAUAUAUGAACAGUAUUGAUUCUAGCAUGGUUUAAUGGAAAAGCACAAGGCAUGUGAAGGUGUAGGUGAAUCCAGCUGCUUUGCAAUUCAGCCAUUGUCUGUAUUCUUAACCAUUUAGGCACUGUUUUCCUUGCAUCAUGAAACACAUUGACGUUCUCUGUCUUGACCAUCUCUCUGUAAAAAAAAAAUCAGUUUGUUAUGGUGCAAAAAUGCGACUGUCGUUCAAACAAUUCUGUAUCUCUGCAAAGGAGAAAUAUUUGCCAGUGUAUGAAUCCUGAAUUCUACAAUAUAAUCAGCAAGCAUUGCAUUUCCUUAAACAACUUUUAUCUUUCACUUGGUUUUCAAAUUAAGUUGUAGCAGUUAAAAAAAACAAUAUUGUAAAUCAUUGAUAAACAACUUGAUUAUUCCAAAAUCUAGUAUGGCGAAACUCUGCUUGAACAGUACUUUACACAGAGCAUAGAACGGUGAGAUAGGUGACUAGGAUCGUAUCUGUGCGUACCAUCAACAAUCACUGAACAGCAGUAUUGUAUGAUAUGACAAAACUGAAGUAAAGCUCCACAGUUUGAUAUUUAGUUCCUUAGAGAAGUACUAAAAUUUGUUAGAAUACUUGUAUCAACUGUGUAAAACGUCCUUGAAGAUGGAAUAAUUUCAUGUGGAUAAACUUUUACAAUCUUAAAUAAUUUCUUCUUUGUAUCAGACAACAUCUGAGGUCAAGAAGAUCUUUCCUACAGACUAUUUUGUAGAAAGUGGUGAAAGUUAACUCAUGUGAAAUGUCAUUGCUUUACAGUAGUCAUCAUGUGACUGUGUGGUGCAUACUACAAUAAAUAAACAAGCCAAAUCUGUGAAUAAAUGAUUUAUUAAUGACCAGGA